GGUUUCAUAGUACGCAGUUUGGUGUGAGAGUAGGUCACUUCUAGGAGUUAUAGUGCUUCGUAUAACAGCUACAAGCAGCAAGGAGUCACAGAACCAGGAGGCAGCAGCACUGCAGAGUCUAACACUAAGACACUGAUGGGGAAGCCUGGAAUAGUGGUAUUGCUUUUUCUAGGAACACUGACUCCAUCACUGGGCAUCACCCAAAAUCACCACUUAAUACAAAGUCCAAAAAACUGGACUGAAGCUCAGAAAUACUGUAGGAAAAACUUUGACGACCUAGCAACCACAGGCACUAAAGAGGACUGGAUAAAUGUGCAAAACCUCAUUGGCAAUUUAACAACAGCUGCGUGGACUGGAAAUACUCCGUUUUUCUAUAAAUGGAAGUGGUCACUAAGCAAUCAAAUUAUCAACAACAAUGAAUGGAUAUUGUCUAAUUUACAACAGUACAACCACUACUACUCCUCCACUGUUAAUGAUUCUUGUGCACUGUUUAUAAAUGGCACACUAUACGAAGAACGUUGUGCAAACCAAUACAAGUCAGUGUGCUACAAUCAGACUACAAAUACGUACAUUGCAAUUGAAACUUCAAUGAGCUGGUGGGCAGCACAGAGUUACUGCAGGAAGAAUUACACAGACUUGACCAGCAUGAGAAAUGCCUCAGAAAAGCAAGAAAUCAUGAAUGUGACUAGAGGGUCAGAAAAAUGGUGGACUGGUUUGUACACAGAACUUUGGUGUUGUGUUGUUACACAGGAAAACGAGUUUUAUGAGCCCAGUGACCGUGAGUUUCCCUUCAUUUGUUCAGGGAAUCCCAAACAGAAGCUCGUCAGUUCAAUCUACAAGAUUGAACUGAAGACUAAAGGAUCUCUAAAUCUAAAUGAUGUCCUUUUGCAGGAAGCUAUUUUGAAACAGCUGGAAAACAAACUGAAGAACCAGACGAUCAACCAGUUCACACUAAGAUGGAAGAAGAGCCCAAACGGAAAUGUCUUCAAUAAGAAAAAGGGAGAUAAAUAA